CAAUUUACUGGAUCCAUUCCUAUUUCAAUCUGCAAUGCAACUAACCUUGAAGCGUUACUAAUCCUUGGAAACAAUCUUAAUGGAAGAGUGCCGACCAUGGAAAGGCUACAAAAGCUUAAGGAUGUAAACAUCAAUCGGAAUCAUCUUGGAAGUGGAGGAGUUGGUGACUUGAGCUUUAUCUCCUCUCUGACCAAUGCUACAAAUUUAAGUCUAUUGUCUAUAGACGCAAAUAAUUUUGGAGGAAUGCUUCCCCAAUCUGUUGGCAACUUGUCAACUAAGCUUGAAGUCUUCACUCUAGCUAAUAAUCAUAUAUUUGGAAGCAUCCCGGUUGCAAUUGGGAAUCUCAUCAACUUGAAUUGGCUAAGUAUGUGGGGCAACCAAUUCACAGGUAACAUUCCGACUCAGAUUGGAAAGCUUCAGAAACUCAAUAUAUUGAGUCAUUCCAUCCUCUCUAGGAAAUUUGAGUUCGUUAAUUGAGUUAUAUGUGAACGGAAAUAAUCUUCAAGGAAGUGUCCCUUCAAGUCUUGGAAAAUGCCAAAAUUUGUUGUUGCUUAAGUGUUUCUAAAAACAAACUUAAUGGUACCAUACCCCUGCAUGUUUUCAAUAUCUUGUCCUUGUCACGCUCUCUUGAUCUUUCUCAAAACCAUUUCACUGGUUUCCUUCCUGUAGAAGUCGGAAACUUGAAAAAUCUUGGUAGAUUGUAUGUUCAUGAGAACAUGUUAUCAGGUGAAAUUCCAAGCACAAUUGGUAGUUGUGUAAGUUUAGAAUAUUUAAAUAUGGAUAGUAACUUCUUCCAAGGAAGCAUCCCCUCAUCUUUGAGCAAUCUCAAAGUUAUUCAAGGAUUGGAUCUUUCUCGCAACAAUUUUAAAGGCAAAAUUCCAGAUUAUUUCAAGAGCUUUCAAUUGUUGCAGUAUUUGAAUCUUUCUUAUAACAAUUUUGAUGGCAUGGUACCAAUAGAGGGUGUGUUUGGGAAUGCAAGUGCAAUUUCAAUCAUGGGCAAUAGUAAGCUUUGUGGAGGUAUACCUGAAUUACAACUGCCUAGAUGCAACUUCAUGGAUCCUAAGAAGAAUGGUUCCACUCUUUCUUUCAAGAUGGUAAUCACCAUAGCUUCGGGACUUUUAGUAGUGACUUUGGUGUUCUCUGCUCUAUAUGUUUGUUGGUGUAUAAAGAGACGCGAAAAACCUUCUACCGAAGAUUCAGGAAGCUUGUUUUUAACAGUGUUCUACCAAAGUCUGUAUAGAGCUACCACUGGGUUUAGUGAAUCUAAUUUGAUAGGGGUUGGUAGCUUUGGGGUGGUAUAUGAGGGAAUAUUUGAUGGCAAGCAGAUUGCUGUCAAGGUACUUUUCAUCACUGGAUGUGAGGCCUUGAGAAACAUCAGGCAUCGAAAUCUUGUGAAGAUACUCAGUGCAUGUUCGAGUGUUGAUUUUCAAAAUAAUGAUUUCAAGGCUCUUGUUUAUGAGUUCAUGGUCAAUGGGAGUCUAGAUGACUGGUUGCAUCCAAUUGGAGGACAUGGUGAGGUGCCAAAAGAUUUAAGUCUUGUUCAGAGAUUACAUAUUGCCAUUGAUGUUGCUUGUGCGCUGGAUUAUCUUCACAAUGAUUGCCAAACUCCCAUAGUCCACUGUGAUUUGAAGCCAAGCAAUGUUCUUCUGGACGACAACAUGACUGCACGUGGAGGUGACUUUGGGAUAUCAAGAUUCCUUCGUGAUGCUAACCAUUAUGAUAGCAGAAAUCAAACCAAUUCUGUUGGACUAAGAGGAUCUAUUGGUUAUAUGGCUCCAGAGUAUGGCAUGGGAAGUGGGGUGUCAACAUCUGGCGAUGUAUACAGUUAUGGAAUACUCUUGUUGGAGAUGUUUACAGGAAAAAGGCCAACUGAUGAAAUGUUCAAUGAUGGUUUGAACCUUCAUAACUAUGCUAAGAUAGCUUUGCAAGAGAGAGUAGUCAAUUUUGCAGAUUCAGUACUUCUUCAACAACAAGAAGAGGGGGAGAAUUUUCACAAGAUUCAGGAGGGUUUGGUUUCGAUAUUUAGAAUUGGUAUUGCCUGUUCAACAGAAUCACCAGCUGAAAGAUUGGAUAUUAGUGACGUUGUAACAAAGUUGCGUGUCAACAUGGACAAUCUUUUUGGAACACGUCAAGGAAGAAGAAUUACAACUGCAGUUCAAUCAUAGUAAGUGCAUGGUGAUGGGACCAAAUACAAUUCUAAGAAGACACUAGUUAGUUCACUUCUCAUAUAAACAGAUUCGUGUAAUUUCUUGUGAAAUAGUUUGUAUUCAGAAUUUUCAUGUCAUGUUUAUAGUUGGUUUGUUGUUAAAAUUUGUUUGUGUGGUGCUCAUAGACUCAUAGUUUGGCUUUUCCUUAAUUCGUUCGGUUAGGUAUUGCAUAUGUAAGGUUUUGAACUUUGAAAGUUUGCUUUCCUUACAAUGUCAGGUUUGUGUUUUAUCUGUCAUUAAUUGCUUAAGUAAUUGAGUCAAUUCAUUUUUGGAAACACACUAGCUAUAAUAAGGACUAAAUAAAUAUCAUAAGAAGCUAUCAUAUGUAGUUCACAUUCUCACACUAUGGAUUAGUUUGGUUAGAUGGAAAUAGCAUGAAAGGAAACGAAAUGCGAAAUGCAAAAUGUAAAAUUUCUAAACCUUUUAAGAGUUUGGAUAAGCAAAUGCAAUGUUGCCCCAAUGGUUGGGAUUGGGGGUUGUUCCCGUGUCCGAACCCUACACUCACCCUCGCCCCUCUGACGACUAACCUCCAACUUUCUUGGCAUGAUAUAAAAGAAUAAAAAGUUUGGAUAGUAAGAAAAGGAAAAACAUUUCCUAUAUCUUCAGAAAAUAUAUAUGAGAUUUCAAUUGUACCCCUCUAUUUAAG